GCUGUAUAUCCGGUUGGUUUUUGGAGCAUGCUAGUCAGCGCUUAACUGGAGAGAGGGAGAGGGAGAGGGUGAAUAAAUCUAACAGUAAUUAUCUGAUGAUUCAGUAACAGCAAAAUAAACCCUAAUUAAGAAAAGCCCUAUAGGAAUAAAGGUCCGUUUUUAAUUUGCUUUGGUGUUUAGAUUUUUUUUAGAAAAAAAAAAAAAAAGAAGAAUAUGGCGGAUAUUACGUGUGGUAAUGCGGACAAGAGCCUGGACGAUUUCUUUGCCAAGAGGGACAAAAAGAAGAAGAAAGGAAAAGAACAAACGGUAGCCCCAGGACUCAUUACGCAAAAGAAGACAAAAAAGGAGAAAGAGAAAUCGACGAAAAACGAGAACCAGGAUACCCAGCAGGAAAAGGAUGAUGAAGAAUGGAAGGAAUUUGAGCAGAAGGAAGUGGACUACUCUGGGCUGAGGGUUCAUGCACUACAGCUAAGUGAUGAAAAGGAGGAAGAGGAGUAUGAAAAGGAAGAAAUGGGUGAAGAUGGGGAAAUGGUCAUGAUCAGUGGUGGAGACAAAAUUUCAGGCCCUUGGAACAAGUCUGCCCCAACACCUACUGCAGCUGCCCCCGUCGAAGAUGAAGUUCCAGAGCCAAAGCCUUCAGGUGUGUACAGACCUCCUGGAGCCAGACUGACUACAACGAAGAGAGGGCCUGCACAAGGACCUCCCGAAAUCUUCAGUGACACCCAGUUCCCAUCUCUACAAUCAACUGCCAAGCACGUAGAAACCAAAAAAGACCGGGAAAUGGAGAAGACUUUUGAGACAGUAAAACACAAAAACAGAGCUAGAGAAGAAGGCGGAGGAAAAGGCCCAUCUCAACAACUGCAGCUUGACAACCAGUAUGCUGUUCUAGAAGACAAGUAACUUAGUGUGCACAACUGUUCUUUCCGGAAUGCUGGUACCCAUCUAAUCACCCAUGGUAACUAAACUACAGCUUUGGAUUACAUCUGCGUUUGCAGAACUGGGCCGAAAUAAAUACACUCAGCUGGGAAAGACACAGACCAACCGUAAGGGCCAUCUUGAAAGUGUUAGCUUUAAAGCACUGGAACAUCGAAGAUUUAUUUCAUUUUUUUUGGGGGGGGGGGGGGGGGGGGGGGCUACUAUGGAUCAUAUUUGUAAAGAAGGUGGUAGCAGAUAACAUGUUUUUACUCUCGCUAUAAAAUGCCAAGCAAAAAAAAAAAAAAAAAUCAACAAGGAGUUUUACAAACUACUAUUUUUUGUAACAUUUCGCAGCCAAUUGGUGGACAUUUUCAUGGCAGUUUUGUUGUGGGAGUUUGGGCCUUCUUAAAGGGUCACUACCUCAAGUGUACACUGUGCACUAAUGGAUACUGUAUUGACCACAUCUUGUUUGGAACCUCAAGAUUGUAAUUCUUUCAUAAGUUUUUGUGAAACUUAAAGCUGAAGACAUUCUGCCGAAGAGUGGAACGGUGUAAAAAACUGUCAGCCAUAAAGGUUAUGAUCUGCUUGCAAGGAUAACAGUUUAAGUGGCCUUACUGUAAAAUACAAUUCUGUGCAUUGUCCUCAAAGGAUAAUAUUGCUUUUUAUUUUAUAGGCUGCAAUUGACUGCUUGGAGCACACCACUUUUAAAAAUGGGGGAGGGGGGAAAAAGUAGUACAGAGCUGUAGUUUGGAUUUAUCUGCAGAAUAUAAAUGUAACCAGUGUUUCUUUUUGUUCAAUCAGUAAAGCAUUGAGGUUAACAUUAAAAAAGGUGCAUUCGAAUUUAACAUUUUCACAAGUGCCUACUGGGGCUCUGUCCUGCUAUUUUUCUCCCACUUGUAAUCUGGUUUAGGUACACCAUAUAGAUCAGAUGUGUUCAAAACAGGUUAAGUUAGCCUGCAUUUUGAUGGCCAUCCUCUUUUUAAAUUCCUGCAUUGUUAGUUUUGUAAGCACAUCCUAAACAAUUCUGCAUGUUGUGUAAUUGUAGUUUUGAGCGCAGUUAAAGAAAGCAAUCUGGGGCAUACAAUCGGUAAGGUCCUUCAACUGAUGUUGCUGUGCCGUAUGGUGAAACAUUGAGGCUAAAACCCUCUGUUCCUUUUACUGUUUUACUUAACAAUUCUUGUUUGGUAAAACAACUAUUUGAGCGGUAGCUUGUGAUCGUCUGUCUUUAGUGUUGGUUUAAUAUUUUUUAAAUUGCCAUGCGAAACACAAACAUGCUGUCUCGGUAGAGCCUGUAGAGGCUAGUUUAUAUAUCAAACUUCAAUUAUGUUUUUUUCAGCCUGGCUGAAGACCUAGUGUUACAUUGUGAAAUACAAAACCUUACUGGAGUGCAAUAGGGUUAUGACUUCAUACCUGAUUGAUUUUAUGUGACACCCCUUUUUUUUUUUUUUUUUUUUUUUUUUGCUGGCACUGUUUUAUUAAGAAUGCUUGUGGGUGUGGUGGGGGGUGGGGUGACUAAUUGCACAGAACUUUAGCAUAUGUUAAAUCCCCCUGCCACCCCAAAAAAAAAAAUUAUAUACACACACACACAUAUGAAUAGAACCUUUGUACCAGGUCCAUACAAUUUGAGGGUGGGGUGGGGGGGUCGGGUCUUGGGCUUUUGAGCAAAUAAGUGAUAAAGUGGAAUAUUUGAGAGAGCUCCUUUUAAUCUUUACUAGUUGGUGAAUUUACAUUUGAGCAAGAACCAGUACAUAUAUUUUUUUAUCCGGUAGAAUAUUCUUUGUUGCCAAUAGAAAAUAUAUAUAAGAUACUGAUUUGGGCCGAUUUGAAGAUACACUGCAGUGAAUUGAUUUUUAGGAUGGAUGGAUCUUUGAUUCAGCAUUAACAUCAGGCCUUAAGUUUAAUCUUCCCUGCAAUACAAGUUCAUUCUUCCCUGCAACUAAACCUUUCAGAUGUUACAAAAUUAUUUUACCCUGUCUACUGUGCAGAAGAUAUUGUCCAUUAAUUUGAUUUUCUGGGACAUGUGUUGUGGCAAUGUCAGAGCAACUGUAGAAAUAAAUAUUUCAAUAAAUCUGCAAUACUUCAGCAGUUUUUACUCGA